AUGUUCCUCCUCAUCCUGUCCACGUUGGACAAUUACUACUCCUCAUUGGCCUGCAUGGCACUUGCUCUGGCAUGUCUCGGUUUCCACAGCAGUGGAGUACUGCUCAAUCCUCAAGAUUUGUCCCCAUCGCAUGGCGGGAAGCUAUAUGGUCUGAUGGCAACAAUUGGUACUAUCCCUGCCUUCUUAGGCGUUUACAUCGCCGGUUACCUUCUCGAAACUGCACUUUCCGUCAAAACCACUGUUGAUUGCCCUUGGGGCAGGUGGUCCCAGUCGUUGAGCGAUGUGCUUGUUGAAGUUUCCGUCCCCGUGGGCACCAGGGCCAAGGAUAUCGAAUUUCAGCUGACUGCGACCACAUUAAGCUGCUCUCAUCGCUCCGCUGGCUCUCUCCUGACUGGCAUCCUGUUUGGUCGCGUGAAGCCAGACGAGUGCUGUUGGCAUUUAGAAGACCAGCAAAAGGUUUCCAUUUGCCUUUCAAAAGCAAACAGUGAUCCACACAACUGUUUGUGGCCCUCUCUCAUGCUUGAUCAUUGGUAUGCAGAUGAGGUCACGCAUGACUUGAUGGAGCGUCAGCUGACCCUUGAGCGAAUGCAGUUAGAAAAUCCCGGAUUCGAUUUCAGCGAUGCUGAGAUUUCUGGCAAUUACCUUGGCGGAGGACCGAAGACUUGCAGUGACCGAAAAUCUCUCCUAAAUCGACACUUUCUUCACGGUGGUCACCUUGAUAUCCCGAAGCGUGUUACAACUGAAUCUAGUUACCCCAGUUUCAGUCCACCGGUGCACACUUUAUCAGGCUCGGAGGUGCGGAGUUUUUACGAGUCUGUUAUAGGCAAUCCGGCAUCGAGUCCCGAUCUUGACGAAUCUACAUCCUCUGGCUCUUGUCCCACUUGUGGUUCCGUGUUGACCUUGAAACAUUGUUGGGCGCAGCAUUUAUGUUCCACCAGUCAUCAGCUGGCCGAAUUGCUUUCUAAACCGAAACGGCCAUCCGCGCUUGUCAUUCCUCCGUCAAACGUGGGUUAUCAGAUGCUUCGUCGCAUUGGUUGGUCCGAUCCAGCUUUUCACGAACCCAAAGAUGCCCAUUGCUCUCAUCCACCUUCAUACACCGAUUCCCCACCACCUUCUCAAAACACUGCCGUCGUUCCAAUCCGUACUGGGGGAUUGGGACCAAAGGGUAUGGGUCGCCGAAACCCCAUCGCCACAGUUCUGAAACGUGACCGACUUGGCUUCGGCUGGCCUGCACGCAAGGAGGUGCCACGUGUCACCCAUUUUGCAGCGCAUGACACCAAAGCAAUCAAAUUACCUUUCAAGCGAUCAUCAGCCGCGCACCGUCCUCACGUACAGCUCGACAGACAGCUUCCAUCUAAAAGACUGAAGCUCGAAAAGGCACAAGAACGUAGACUGCGUGAUCAACUGAAUCUCAGUGAUGAACACUACUCCAUUCUUCAUGGUUACUGA